AUGUCAACGCCUACACCCCUCAGAUCCCUCAUUGGCGGCUUUGGCCUUUCUCUCCCAGUGCAUGCUCUGUUGCUUUUGAACGGAAAUGUCUUCGGAAUAUCCGGUUUCUUUCACCGCGCAGUAAAAGGGAAUAUAGAGGCGUUGGCGGGUGUAUCCGGGCUGCUCGCCGGAGGACUUGUCAUUGGAGCUCUCGAAGGCGCAAAUACAGCAGUACUUGGUCUCGAAAUACGACAAGUUCUGCUAUCCGGUUUCCUUGUAGGAUUAGGAACCAAGAUGUCUAAUGGAUGUACAUCCGGACAUAUGAUUUGCGGCAUUUCCAGACUAUCCAAGAGGUCAAUUGCCGCGACCGCAACUUUUUUUUCCACGGCAGCGGUAACGGCGCGUCUGUUACAUGGUUCAAAGUUGGGCCCCUCAAACCCAUCUUGGGACUGGAGUUUAGGGUCGAUGGGGAAAAAACUUAUUGCCCUACAAGCAAUCCCUCUAGUGAUUUCAGCGUUUCUUUGUUUCUACAAUGUCAGUGACAAGCAGAAACCAAAAUCAGAGGAUGUCGCUCCGAAAGAACCGAAUAUUUUAGCCCGACGCGCUACCUACUUCAACAACGGAUUCAACUUUGCACUUGCACUUUCUCUAUCUAACCUCAUUGACCCGAUCAAAGUAUUGACAUUCUUACUCCUACCUAUCCAUUCUGCUUUCGAUCCAUCACUCGCUUUUCUCGCUAUGGGGGCUUUACCUACCUCGAUCAUCUUAUACAACUUCUUUUGCGGGACGCGGAGGCCCAUGCUCGGUGGCCCAUGGGCGAUUCCAACGGGAGGAGAGAUUAAUAUAAAAAUUCUGACAGGAGCAGCAGCGCUGUUCGGGGUGGGCUGGGGAAUUUCAGGCAUCUGCCGUACGCCUAUGAACUUCGGGCGUGCUAUUACGUCAGGUUCUGACGUUGCGCCUCUGGCUGGCUGGUUAAGCGCUGUCGCCGUGGAGGCUUACUGGGUUAGAGGUACGGAAUUGGAAGCUAGCUUAGAGUUACGAUGA